UAAAUUGUGAAAAUUGAAAGGGAGGCACUUUCCUAUUCCAUUCCAUGAAUCCCAUUCCCACAUCUUCCCACCCACCUAAGCUUGUCCUGUGAAGCGCCAACAUAUGAUGAUUUCAAUUUCAAAAUUGGUAAUACCUUCGUUUCCAAACAGAGCGCAGUCGAUCCUCUUCCCUUUUCGUUUCCCCCGUAGAAUAUUUGGUAACCCCUUGAAAACCCUUUCAGAAAUGUCUUCCUGGACAUGCUCUAUGUGCACAUUCAUCAAUCCACCCUCCCAAAAAUCACACUGCGAAAUCUGCCUCUCCGCACAACCGCAACCCGCCAUCGUAUCAUCAUCGACGACGACAUCUUCGCCAUCAUCAAAACCUAUGUGGUCAUGCGCCUUGUGCACUUUCUUGAACCCGUAUUCCUGCACGAUUUGUGAAAUAUGUGGCAAUAGGGCUUCCGCUUCUCUACUAUCCACUCUUGAACUCGACGAUGACGAUCUUGGGAACGCGCAGUUGGGUUCUUCCGUUGGCAGCGUUUUCAUGCCCUUGCGAACUUGUAGCAGUGCGAAGAAAGGAAAUGGCGAGAACCCAGUUGGUGGUGGUGAUGAUACGGGUCCUUCUGGUGAGUCAAAGGGAGUUGUGCUGCGCCGAGAUUAUUGUAACUUGGGAAAUGGAGAGAGACAAUACAUGGGUGAUGAUGGUAGCGGAAAGGUUGAUGCUGGAGGAAAUAAGGGUUUGUCUGCAGUUUUACAGCCUUGCAUUAAUAAGAGAAAAGAUAGGGAGGUUACAGGUGUGGAGGCUAGUGGAAGUACAGCCGGUGGUUCUUGCGGGUUUAGGGCUGUCAAGGCUGCGAAUCAGGCGGUUCAAGUUAAACCUGGGGCCACAUCAGGUGAGACACAUCCGUCUUCAGAAUGUAAAACAUGGAAGUUUUUGAGCUAUAAUGUGUGGUUUCGUGAAGAUCUUGAGAUGCACAAGAGGAUGAAAGCAUUGGGCGACCUUAUUGAAUCGCAUUCGCCCGAUGUUAUGUGUUUUCAGGAGGUCACUCCCAGUUUUUAUGGCAUUUUCCAGAAAUCUAGCUGGUGGAAGCGAUACUGCUGCUCAAUUCCAGACGAGACGGCAUUUCCAGGAGCAUAUUUCUGCAUGCAGUUAUCCAAACUGCCGGUUAAAUCCUAUAGCUGCAAACCCUUCCAUAAUUCUAUCAUGGGACGAGAACUUUGUGUUGCAGAAGUUGAAGUGCAACCAGGUAUCACCAUGGUUAUUGCUACCAGCCAUCUGGAAAGUCCUUGCCCAGCACCUCCAACAUGGGAUCAGAUGUUCAGCAAAGAACGUGUGGCUCAGGCCACUGAGGCAGUGAGGUUUCUGGAGAAAAAUCAAAACGUAAUCUUUUGUGGGGACAUGAACUGGGAUGAUAAAUUGGACGGUCCUUUUCCUUUACUUGAUGGAUGGGUGGAUGCUUGGACAGAGCUAAGGCCUGGAGAAGUUGGAUGGACGUAUGACACAAAAUCAAACAAGAUGCUGAGUGGCAACAGAACUCUGCAAAAACGUCUGGAUCGAUUUGUUUGCAAAUUGAAGGAUUUCAAGAUAAGUGAAAUUGAAAUGAUAGGUAAAGAUGCAAUUCCAGGUGUAUCAUACAUCAAGGAAAGGAGGGUGAAAGGCCAAGUGAAGGAGCUAGUGCUUCCUGUUUUACCAAGUGAUCACUAUGGAAUGCUUUUAACUAUCUGUCCCAGUGAUUCUACUUAGUACUGUUGCCUCCACAGAGAAGUUUAGUCAUUUUGGCCCUUAAGCCUUUUCCUUCUCUAAAUGCUGCAUAUCUUUUGUGUGCCUAUAACAGAGUCGGUAAGAAGGACCCGAAAACUUCUGCUGAGCAGCAUUAUGUUGAUGUAAAAACUUCUCCUGUAGAAUGAUAUCAGUGUGGAGUUAAUAUUAAGCAUCACCAAAAUCACUUGUCAACUCA